UAGUGUGUUUACGUUUGCCCAACUUAAGAGUUGACUUUCUCUUGUUUAUGUGUUUCUAUUGUGAAGUGCACAUUGUUCGAAGCUUCUUGUGUUUUUUCCAAAAGUUUGUUUAUAUUCGGAGAUUUUGAUGCUUCGAAAAGGAAAAAAACUGUUUCCCUUUUAUUACCCCAAAGUCUAAACCUACCCUAUCGCUUAGUUAUACAUACAUACAUGUAUAUUUAUACAAAAAAUGGACGGAAACGGCAUGUUUAUUCUCAAUGCCGACUGUAUUUUGGAAAUAAUGAAAUACGUAAUUACUGAUUGCCAGUAUAAUAAGCGUCAUGUUAAAAUGGGGACUCUGGCCUACAAUGACUUAAUAAACUUUGUUCUGGCCCACGAAUUCUUCGUCGAAUUGCUUGCGGGUCAUCACAAAAUCCUUUACAAGGAUCUUGAGUUGGUUCUAGCAUGCAGGACCGUAAAGCUGCUUAUAGAUCUUCGAGUGAAUAAGCAAUCGAACAAUGGAGGAUUUUUCUGGAGAUCCUUUCUGGAAUCGGUCAGUGAAGAAAGUCCGUUCGAUCUUCAACUGUCUUUUCAAGGCUUAUACGUACAUAUUAAAAUAACAGGCAUCUCAUCGGGCCGCACACACCAAGAAACGUUAAAAUUUGGUUUAACGCUUACUGUAGAAGCAUUGGCUGACAUUUUCCGCUCCAACCAAAAUGUAACCAAGUUGAGCUUCGAAAGCACUGAAGUGCAUGGAAGUCUUUCCGAUAUCAUACCCCAUUGCGCCAAUAUUGAAGAACUGAGAAUCACGUUGAAUGCAGGUGACGUGGUAUCCCAAUAUGAACCACUAGUAAACUUGCCCAAUCUUAAAAACAUUUUAGUUACUGGCUUACGAAGAAGCGAGUCGGAAUCGCUGUUUUUUAGCAAUUUAAGAAAGUGGCACAGGUCAUCGAGUCUUCCACCCUUGGCACUAAAAAUCGAAGAUUACCUAACCGACAUUCAUCGACCUGUAACGUUUGCCACUUUCAAUUCAUUACGAUGUUUGCGUUUGAACGAAACCAAAUGGAAUCCAAUUUUUAAAGCCGAGUAUGAUUUAUUUGCAAUGAAGGACGACAGCAAUUCAAUAGAUGAUUCUCUUGCCACCAUUAGAUUGGGUGAUGGUGUUAAGAUAAAGUUUAUAAGGUCUGAAGGUAAACUUGAGUUAAAGCUAGGCGAUAAUUCAGACAUUGGUCAAAUGGGAUCUUUAUCAAAACUGCCCAAUCUCACUCGCUUGGUGGAAGACAUUGAUGAGUCAAUCUUGAACGUCUCUUAUUCGUACGAAAAAAACAUGGGUGAUUUCGAAAUAGAAUCUAAUUCUGAUAACGAGGAUUCAGACGAUUCGGAUUCUUUUGACUAUAAUUUUGAUUACGAGGAUUCAGACGAUUCGGACUAUUUUGACUAUGAAUAG